CUGGUCCCAUCAGGUUCUGUCCCCUGGUCCUGGUCUGGUCCCACCUACAGGGGUUUUGAAGUUUCUUCCCUUGGAUCUUUGGUCCAUUCAUGAACACUUACUACUCAGCCUUAAGAGAGAGGGAAGUAGAUGCCAAAAAAGAGAAAGAUCUGUGGGUUGUUGUACUUAAAGAAUAAGAGCUGAAUAGAGAAAGUGAAUCCUAGCCAAGAGGUGAAGGUGAGGUCCAUCCACAAUUGGACAGACAACAGAUGCAUAUGAUGAAUGACCCAAAAGGCUCUGAGGGACUGGGAGAUGUCCCUGUGGACAGAAGAGGACAUAGCCACAUGUAAUAGAUCUCUUCCACCUAGAUGUUUCCUUUUCAGAGUUGAAUCCCACCUGGGGGGCCAUGCAUUAUUCCACUCAAUGUUCUGCCCUGGCCUUUCUUGCCUUCAUUUUCCUGGGGUGCUUCUUCAGCCUGGGAACUACCACAGAAACUGAUGAAAACCAGAUCCUGCUCCUCUCCAACUCCACCAAGAGAGUCCCCUUAAUCACAGACUCAACAAGAUACUGUCUGCACAGUGCCUUCACACCGCAGGAGGAAAAGAAGCUCUUGACUUGGAUGAUUGCUCAGGAACAGAUCACAUCUGUGAGCAAGAGUCACCUGAAACCCUUUAAAGAAAUACAGAACCCUUUCAAGCUUAGUAAUGCUUCCUAUCAAAAGGCUGGAAUUCUGCUCAUAAAGAACAAGCUACUGAAUAUGGGUCUGUUUAUGCGGCAUUCCCAGGGCAACUACCUCAUGAGAAUCUUGAAGUCACUGUUCCAAGCUUCCUCCAGUGAUAAGCAGAAGAGUAUCCUAGUGCUGGUCUGCUUAACCAUCCUUGAUACUGACAUUGUCAAGAUCUUCAGUCCACAAAUACUGAAAGGGCAGUUGCUGGUAAUCCAUUUCUUUUCUACUGUCUAUCCUCCUGUGACAGCUCUGAAACCCAGCUUCAGUGAGGCCUACCCCAGUAUGGUCCAAUUGAAUCAGAAUGUGACCCAUGUUUUAUUCAUGAACUUUGCUGACAACUUCUCUGUCUAUUUCCUGAUGAUGGAAGAUAAUGUCCACUGUUUGCCCACCUCUAUCACCUGCAUAUGGAGAAAGGUAGUGACCUGGGAGAAAGAUGACUGGGUGCUAAUGGAAUUCUCAAUAUGGGGUUUUGCUGGCAAAUUCUUGGACUCUAGUGACUUCCCCUGGUUGGUUCAAUUCUUCUUCCUCUCCAGGGAAGCAUCCCCUGAAGUGUUUCUCUAUCACUUUCAAAAGCUGCUGGCCCAGAACAAUUCCAUCCAAUUCAGCCCCUUCUUCUUCCAUCAAAUGAGCUUCUUCAGUAAGGACAGGUCCAACAGACUAGAGUACAAGACAGUCACAAUGGAGAUACCCAACAAUCCACCUGCAAUUGUCUACAGUGGUUUACAGAUUUUAAAUAAUGUUUCUCUCCAAAAGGCCUAUAUUCCAAGGGAGAAAGGGGUCUUCUGGGCACUGGAGCCUAAGGUUGGCUACCAUCCAAAUGAGGUCUUGGCCAAGGCAGCCACCAUAACCCAGGUGUUGACAGGCAGAGAUCAGGAAAAUAAUGAGAAGUUGAAGGACAAAAAAGUAGAGUUAUACUAUGGUGCCAGGGAAAAGCUCAAAUUCUGUACCCAUCACCUUCUGGGGUCACUGGUAAAUGGAAAGCUGGACUAUAAGAUAUGGAAUAAAAAGACAGGGAACAAUAUGAGCUGCCUGAAUCUAGUAGAGAGUACCUCUCAACACUGCAGAGUAAAGACCAAGUGCAUUAAUAUUUGGAGCAACCCUGAGCAAUAGAAAGAGACUGAGAGAAUGAUGGAAAGACUUGAGAAACCCCAGGGUGGGGCUUGAAUUGACACAAGGGAUCAAAUUAAAAUCUUGAAAUCACUA